AUGGGCCGUCCUCGCAAAUCCUCCAUUGCGCAUACGCCAAACAGUGCCAGCGUCAAUGGUCCAUCUCGAGGGAAUCACGGUCCAAUGCCUAAUGGGUCCACACCACCUCAACAAAACGGUCGAAGGAUGACCUCGAAUCCUAAUCAAGGAACACCAAAUGGCAUGAAUGGGUCACCAGGACAUCCUUACGGACAAGUCCAGAACCAUCCCAAUGGACCUCCUCAGUCUUUCUCCACGUCCUCCCUUGCCAAUUAUCACGGAAACGGAAUACAGAAUGGUAUUCCUCAUUCCGGAUCAGCGCCACCAGGUCAAUCUCUAGCUCCUGGAGCAGGUUCAGGUCCAGCUUCAGCUUCCAUGCAAACUCGACCACACUCACAAGCUCCAUCCUCUUCGUAUCCUUGGUCCACCAGACCCAUCCGGCUGUAUACACCCGAGACUGAUCCUCCUACCCUGCCUCAGUCGCCUUUCCCUCGGUACGGACUAUCUGUGCCUGCCUUCCCGUCUCAUUCAGGUCACUUGUUGCUGUUCGGUGGACUGGUCCAUGAAAACGUUAAGAAUGAUCUGUGGAGUAUCGAUGUGAGGGAUUGUACGACCUCUCUGGUUCGCAUCAAAGGCGAAGCGCCGAUACCCCGAGUCGGUCAUGCCAGUGCAAUUGCCGACAAAAUUAUGCUUGUCUGGGGAGGAGAUACAAAAGUCAGACCAGAGGAUGCGCAGGACGAGGGAUUAUACAUUCUUGAUCUGAGGACACAAGAAUGGACGAGCGUUCCCAUCUCACCAGGACCGGUAGGACGGUACGGUCACGCAGUGUCCAUGCUGGACUCCAGGUUCUUCGUCUUUGGAGGUCAGGCCGAGGGUUCUUUCAUGAAUGAUCUCUGGGCGUACGAUAUCAUGCAGCUCGGCGUGUCGGGAGGUCCGCAUCGUUGGGAAUCAAUCCAGUACACAACGCCACCACCACCUCGACGUACGGGACAUAUUCUUACGGCUCAUCAGGGCAAGUUGUACCUCUUUGGAGGUACCGAUGGAAUGUACCACUAUAACGAUACGUGGUGCUUUGACAUUGCAACUGGAGCCUGGACAGAGCUCUCGUGUAUAGGAUACAUCCCAGUGCCUCGAGAGGGACAUGCUGCAGCGAUUGUCGACGAUGUCAUUUACAUCAUUGGUGGGAGAGAUGUCAACGGCAAGGAUCUAGGCGAUCUCGCAGCCUUCAGGAUCACUAACCAACGUUGGUACAUGUUCCAGAACAUGGGACCUUGUCCAUCUCCUCGAUCUGGACACGCGAUGGUCGCUGCUCACGGCAAGGUGUUUGUUGUCGGCGGAGAAGCCAAUGCGUCAUCUGCCCAGUCAAGAGAUGAUCCGUCUUUGAUUCAUAUCUUGGACACUACCAAGAUCAAAUACCCGCCUGACAACGUUCCCCCACGUCAGGUCAAAGCUCGCGUGUCUGAAGUUUCUAGCCAUCAGCACAUGCCUGACAAGGCCGCCUCGCCCCCACAGUCAACGGUACCACUUGCUUCCAGACAGAUGCAGAAUGGACCAUCGAGCUCUACAGAUCACGGGCAAUCCCAAGCAUCAUCAGAAUCAUCUCACCCUGCUCCUCCACCUCAGAGCCAACCGCCACUCUUGGCUCCCAUCGUGACUCCUACGUCUGUACCUGCAGAGCAGAUGACGACUGGAUCGCCCCAGCCCAUGGCGCCGCAUCGAGCGCCUCCACCCCAACGGCCACGACGAGAAGGUGACGAGGAGUACCGCCGUGCCAUGUCCCCAACCAACGUCGGUCCUUCUAGUCCAAAUCAGCAAGCAAAUCUACCCGUCCCUUCCUCUACGUCCCCCGGAAUGAGCUCUUCCUCCCCGCCCCAGCCUAGAUCAGGAUUCAAUUCCUCGAUUCUAGGUACACGAUCACCGUCACCACGUCUUCGGACAUCUGACGGCGAUGUCAGACCUGCCCCGCCUCCCGACGCGUUCUACUAUGGUCGGUCGCCGACCAGUGCCUCUGGUCGACCAGGUUCUCUGUCUGGUCAAGGCGACUUUAUGCGCGAGAUCAAAGCGAAGGAUGGGGAGAUUGAAGCCGGUCGAAAGCGAGAGGCGGCACUCAAAGUCAUUAUUGGUCGAGCCAUACAUCAAGGUUUUGUCGAUGAUGAAACGGAGGAUCUUGACCUGCCCAAUAAUGAUGGUAGUGAUCAUGACCCAGAGAUUGUGCGGAAGCUCGCAGAUGCCCUGGUAAGACUCAAGAAGGAGAAAGCGGCUAUACAGACUGAGAUGGUGGCGCAAAUGACCGUCGCGUCUGAACGAGCAGUGGAAGCUGAUCGACUCCGACGCGGUGCUCUGCAGGAAGCCGCUUUCCUCCGUGCAAAGCUUGCGACACUCGAGUCCAAUUCCCCUAUCGAACUCGCUCGCAUAGAAAAAGAACGAAUAAACGAGCUCGAACGCCAACUCGGUCAUCUUCAUGCGGAUCAUGCCAACUCUCACCGAGAGCUCCAGCGAGCUCUCAGUGACUCGUCUGCAUCUAGAGACUUGCACUCCGCCGCUGUUCAGCGCGAGUCGGAGACAUUACGACGAGCUGAAGACGCCGAGGAAGCUCAUCGAGCGGCAAUGGAAGAGUUGGACGAGACUCAGCACCGCAUGAGAUCCGCAGAAAGUGGUCUGAGAGAGCAUACGGAAAAGCUAGCCAACUUGUCAUCUGUGGCUCAGCAACGUGAGGCGGAACGCGAUCAACUGCAACAUCAGCUCGACGAGGCAAUCCACGCUAGGGAUGCGCAUCUCAAAGUCAUAGAAGAAGCCCAACUGGCGAUUACAGCUUCUGGAGCCAGGACGUCAGAGAUGGAGGAGCUGCACUCUCGGGCGAAUGAGCGUGUCCGCUUACUUGAAGAGGAGCUAUCUUCGACAAGAUCUGAGUUGGAAAUCAAGACCAAAGAAGCUGAAUCCGCGGUCGAACGCUUGGCCGAAAUCGAGGCUGCUUAUCAUAAAUCAAGGGAUGAGGCCGAGUCUCUCCGCUUGACUACGACUUCUCAACUCGGCCAGCUUCUCGAAUCGCAUCGCGACUUGCAAGCAAGUGAGAGUCGGACGAACCGAGGACAUCAAGAACAGAUCCGAGCAUUGGAAGAAGAGGGCAAUUCGCUCCGAAAGAUGCUCAAAGAGGCUGGCCAACGAUUGGAUGCAGCUGAAUCUGGAGUGUCGCAUCACCGUCAAAAGUCGAGGGACCUCGAAAGCGCUCAUCAGACACUACGUGCGGACUUGCGUGGUCAUCGGACCAAGUUGCUCAAAGCUCAAGAGGAGUUGGCUCGAUACAGGGACAUGCAAGCUUCGAAGGAUGCAGAAUUGAAGGACAGGGAUCUGGCAGUGACUGAGAUGGAGACAAAGUGUAGCAUGUUGAGGAAUCUGCUGUCUGAUCACGGAAUCGCAGUCGACGAUAUGGAUCUCGCCAAUGGCGAGUCUUCGAGCCGAAGUGAACUGGAAUCUCAACUGCGAGAAAGGACGCGCGCAUGCGACAAUGCUCAGAGGGAGAUUGACGACCUCACACGUCGAUGUCACGAAGCUGAGGACAAGGUUGAGUCUCUUGGCCGACUCAUAGAAAGAAUGAAGGAUGCUCGAAGUCCCACAGCCAUGUCGGCUCGAAGUCCCAGUCCACCUGUUGAUUCCGAUCGACGCGUCAUGGAAGCUGAGCGCAAGAUGGCCGAGUUGGAGAAUCAACACAAGGAAAAGAUGGCGGCUUUGGAAGGGGACUACCAGACGGCUGUGAGAUACGUCAAGGGUACCGAGAAGAUGCUCAAGCGUAUGAAGGACGAGCUGAACAAGCAAAAAGACUCCAACAAGACGCUUCAAGCUGAGAUUGACCAUCUGACUGGACGAUCUUCCGAGGCGGGAGCCAGGACCAGAGAGGCUUCUGGACGCUCGACCCCCUCUUCAGCAGCUGCUCUAGCCGAUCCAGAGCUUACAAGACGGCUCGAAAAGCUCCAGAAUCAACACUCGGCACUCCAAGCUGAGCUCUCUGCGUCUCGCGAUGUCCUUGCUGCGAGGGAACGAGAAGUUGAUGUCUUGCGAAUGCGAUGUGAGGAUGCAGAACGCGAGGUUGAAGCGCUGCGAGAGGAUCUAUCACAAGCUCAACAGAGGAUCAACACGUUGUUGGAGAUGGGCGGAGCGUCAGGGUAUCAUUCAAACAGUGAAGAUGAGGAUGAGCACAUUGCCAAUGGACGAAGGGGAAGCGCAGGAAGCAGCGAAGAAGCUUCAAUGGCUUUUGACAAGUUUACCAAAGAGCUCAAGCAAUGGGAACGAUCUCGAUCACCUCCAAAUGGGGACCUAUCAACUGAAGAUGAGACUUCUCGACUUGGACCACUGGUGACUGCUGGUCCGCCAAAGAUCAGUCACCAUGUCAAAGGUCAUAAGAGGAACAGCUCAGAAUACAGUGCAGAUUGGGUCCAAUAA